AUGUGCCCGCAAAAGGAUAUCAGGGUAGAAGCGUCUUCUCUCCCUUUCUUCUGAUGCUGGGACUGUGAGAGAGGAAGCAAAGCAGAGGAUUUCUUACUAUAAGAAAUCUGUCUCUUUUGCCGGGGAUGGCUGGAAUUUGAUCGAGAGAGAGGGGGGAGGGGGUGGGGUUUGGCGCCUUCCCUCGCUGCUCGCCGAGCCGGGCCGUGGAAAUUUCUCGUCCAGCGUUGGAUUUUGCAUCUGCGGGGGGCUUGGCUUCUGUAUGGAACGUGGCUGGAAAGGUGGUUCCUUCUGUUCGCAUCUGGCCUGAGGGAGAGGGGGGGAUACCCUUUUCGCCUUCGGGUUUCUGGGCCGAGGCAGUUUGGUCGGAAAGGUGGCCUUUAGCUGGCUGACUGAGGACUGGUUCCCAGUUUGGAAUUUGCUGGCGUUUCUCGACCGAGGGCUCUUGUGGCGAGAUGGUUUUCGGGUGUGGAGUUGGUGAGGGUGCGGAGGCCGUGGCAAAUCGGCUGGAGGUAUAAGGGAGAGAGGGAGAGGGACGGGAAUUGGAGUGAGGACGAAGCAUGGCAAGAAGAGUUUUGGGCUUUGCUUUUUGGAUGCUUGGAUUGCUGCUAUGGGCAUGGCCGGAAAUGGCUGCUGCUACUCUUUCACCCUCUGGUAUAAACUAUGAAGUUGUUGCGUUGAUGGCCAUAAAAAUGGAACUAAAUGAUCCGUAUAAUGUCUUGGAGAAUUGGGAUAUCAACUCAGUAGAUCCAUGUAGCUGGAGGAUGGUUACCUGCUCAGCUGAUGGAUAUGUCUCUGCGCUUGGUAUGCCCAGCCAAAGCUUGUCCGGGACUUUAUCUCCAGGGAUUGGAAAUCUUACGAAUCUGCAGUCCGUGCUUCUGCAGAACAAUGCUAUUUCUGGACCUAUUCCUGCUGAUAUCGGUAAAUUGGAGAAGCUCCAGACUCUGGAUCUUUCUAACAAUCAGUUCCAUGGUGGAAUGCCAAGUUCAUUGGGAGACCUAAAGAAUCUGAAUUAUCUGCGCCUGAACAACAACAGCUUAUCUGGACCUUGCCCUGAUUCAUUGUCCAACAUCAAAGGUCUCACUCUUUUAGAUCUUUCAUAUAACAAUUUGAGUGGUUCCUUGCCCAAGAUAUUUGCAAGAACUUUCAAUGUUGUUGGAAAUCCUUUGAUAUGUGGGUCAAACUCCAAAAACAAUUGCUCUUCUGUGUCUCUGGAUCCACUUUCAUAUCCACCGCAUGAUCUAAAGGCUCAGUCACAAGCUGGAGUGACAAGAAACCAUCGUGUGGCUAUUGCAGUUGGUGCCAGUAUUGGUUGUGUUACUUUAAUAGUCAUUGCUGCUGGCUUGCUUCUUGGUUGGCGUCGUAGACGCAAUCAACAGAUUUUCUUUGAUGUAAUUGAUCAAUAUGACCCAGAAAUAUGCUUGGGUCAUUUGAAACACUAUUCCUUCAAGGAGCUUCGAGUAGCCACCAAUAAUUUCAAUGCAAAAAAUAUUUUAGGAAAAGGGGGUUAUGGUAUUGUCUACAAAGGAUGCUUGCGUGAUGGCACAGUUGUAGCUGUUAAAAGGUUGAAAGAUUACAAUGCCAUUGGUGGGGAAGUCCAGUUUCAAACUGAAGUUGAAAUGAUAAGCUUGGCCGUUCAUCGGAAUCUCCUUAGACUUUGUGGAUUCUGCAUAACAGAGAAUGAAAGACUACUUAUCUACCCUUACAUGCCAAAUGGAAGUGUUGCUUCUCAAUUAAGAGAACAUGUUAAUGGUAAGCCAGCUUUAGACUGGUCAAGACGAAAGAGGAUAGCAUUGGGGACAGCACGGGGAUUGUUGUACUUGCAUGAACAGUGUGACCCAAAAAUUAUUCAUCGUGAUGUUAAAGCUGCUAAUAUUCUUCUCGACGAAGAAUUUGAAGCAGUUGUUGGGGAUUUUGGUUUGGCAAAGCUUUUGGAUCAUCGGGAAUCACAUGUUACAACAGCAGUGCGUGGUACGGUUGGGCAUAUAGCUCCAGAAUAUUUAUCAACGGGUCAGUCAUCAGAGAAGACUGAUGUCUUUGGCUUUGGCGUCCUGCUACUUGAGCUGAUUACUGGUCAGAAGGCACUGGAUUUUGGCCGGCUAGCAAACCAGAAAGGAGUAAUGCUUGAUUGGGUGAAGAAACUCCAUCAAGAGAACAAGUUGAGCAUGAUGGUGGACAAGGACCUCAAAAACAACUAUGAUAGUGUUGAGCUGGAGGAGAUGGUUCAGGUGGCUCUCCUCUGCACACAAUACCAUCCAUCCCACCGGCCCAAGAUGUCAGAAGUCGUGAGAAUGUUGGAAGGUGAUGGUCUGGCAGAAAAGUGGGAGGCCUCACAGAAGACUGACACACCAAAGUCUCUUUCCUCGGAGCAACCACCUCCAAAGUACUUGGACUUUGUAGAGGAGUCUUCGCUUGUUGUAGAUGCAAUUGAGCUUUCGGGCCCAAGGUGACUUCAAUAGAUAUUCAAUUGUACAUGUCUGAGUUUUGAAAGCUUGGGAAUGAAGAUUGUUGUUUUUUUGAUAGAGUAUCGUCGUCGUGUUUAUAGCUGUGUGAUUGCAUGUGAUAUUCAUUUGUACAAAAAGAAAGACUGUAGGAAUAGCUAAAAUUUUUCUAUUGGAAGUUUCUCUGUUCUUCUA